AUGGCCCUUGUGGUAUGCUGAAGAUUUCCAGGCAGUUUCUGUGGAACGCUUCUCCAUCCAGCUCUAAUCAAGCACCAUAUAAACAAGAAAUUGCCUGGUCAAACCUGUGAGGACUGUGUUCUGACAGCCAAAACGAUCAGUACUGACACCAGAAUGGCAGCCACUCUGAAGUUGUUAAAACCUUUAGGAUACCGAGCGUUUUGCAGUCCUUUAUCCUGCAGUGCAACCCAAAGUAUGGCAUAUUGGAAUGUGGGAAGCUGCACACGGCACAAGGGACAGGACCCUCCAGAGCACAGUAGCCUCUGCCAUCCUUCCAAAAAAGUUGAGAAUACUUGUAACACCUCCUCUCCUCGUAGGAUCCUGACAACCAGCAGUGCCCUCCCGGGUUUGGAAUUCAGCAGGGCUUCUGCCUUGAAGGCCAGCACACUGAAGCCAGGCUCAUCCAGGGCCAUGAAAAUUGAUGAAGAGGAUGUAGAAGUUUUUGAUUCCUUUGAAGACCCCCGAGUUUUCCUACAGCUAAGACCAGAGUACCAGUUUCACAGCUAUAACAGAUCUGAGCCUUACCAGCCCCUGUCUGUUUCAGAAGGUGAACUAAUUUUGCACAAAGUCACAGUUUAUCAAGAUAAUCUCCAGCCUCAAACCAUUGCCGAUUACUUGCGUAAGCUGAGCUGUAUGCCUGCAGAGCAGCAUCCCGUUUUGCUGUCCAGUACCCGCUUUGCUUUGCUCUGCCAGCUGAGUGUGAAAAACAUACAGCUCUUUGAUGCCCCAGAUCUGAUCAGUAUUUUGAAAGCCUUUGUCAGUUUAGGAAUCCCUCAUUCUCAUUCAAUGCUAGAUGUGUAUGAAACCAGAUUUUGCCAUAAGGUGUGGGAGAUGAGUCUGGAUCAACUUCUCUUGGUGGCUGAUCUCUGGAGGUACUUGGGCCGCAGAGUACCUCGGUUUUUUAAAAUAUUCUUUAGUUAUCUUAAUUUGCACUGGAAAGAUCUAUCUUUGUCCCAGCUGAUUCACUUGAUUUAUAUUAUAGGCGAAAGUCGUCAGGUACCCCAGGACCUAAUGCAAAAACUGGAAUCGUUGAUCCUCAAGUAUAUAGAUUUGAUCAAUUUAGAGGAGGCUGGUACAAUCUGUUUGGGGUUCUUUAAAUCAAGUAGUAAUCUCUCUGAAUUUGUCAUGCGGAAAAUUGGAGAUCUGGUGUGUGCUGACAUGCAGCACCUAAGUAGUUAUGCCUUAGUGAAUAUUCUUAAAAUGUUCCGUUUCACUCACGUGGAUCACGUAAACUUCAUGAAGCAAUUUGGGCAGAUUGCCCCUCAGCGAAUUCCUUCCCUGGGAGUUCAGGGUGUCAUGCACCUGACUCUCGCCUGCUCAGCCUUACGCAUCCUGGAUGAAGGGGUCAUGAAUUGGUGA